CUCUCUCUCUCUCUCUCUCUUUCUUUCUCUCUUUAUCCCUCUUAUCUUUUGCCACCUCUUUCUCUCCAUUCCUAUUUCUCUGAUCUUCCGUCGUUUCCCUCUUGCCAGCCGUUCUCAGUCAAGCGCGAGUUGCCACGUUCGGACGGACUUCGCGGCGUACAUCCUGUGCGUGCGGCCUGUACGGGAAGCUACACGUCUCUUCGUCAUCUUCGUCAUCGUGUUCGUCGCCGCAAUCGUCUUAAUCGGUCGUUCGGAUAUUUCGCGCGUUCGUUAUUAUUUCGCUCGUGUGAAAGCCGAUGCGCGCGAUGCGAGAUAGAAGCGUGCGUACAAGAGGAACGACUUCGCCAAAGGACGAAAGCAAUUACGGAUAAAAGCAGCGACACAUAGAGCGACGCGAGGUCGGAGACGGAUGGGAUUGCGGAGAGAGAGAAGAGCUAGCUGCAACAGGACAGGAGGGACGACGAUGAACGCGGAUACACGAGAAUGCACGUUCGCGCGAACGCGUGAUCCUUGUUGAGGAGAAAAGAAGAAGAAACGAGUGCGACGAAAAGGGUGCGAAAACGCGAGAGGAGAGAGAGAGAGAGCAGCUCUAUCUCGAAAGAAGAAGGAAAAGAAGAGAGAAAGACGCGCGACAGCGGCGAAUUCGUUGCCUACGUGGAACGGGCUGCUGGCAGAGGGAGCAGCCACGCUCCGCAAAGUUGCCUAGAUACCGGGCAACACCGUGUUGCGCUCCGGUGAAGUAGGAGGCAGCGAAGGAGGCGGAGGUGGCGGUGCUGCUCCGCGGGAGGAUGGAACGCGCGGUGGACUGUAGUGAGACGAGGAAGACGAUCGCCGGCCAGGCCGCGAACGCAGGUCCGUGGUGCUGCCAAGAGUCACGAUAGCACCCCCGCGCCCCUCUCGAAACCACGAGAGAGAAAGAAAGAGAGCACACGUAGGUCGAAAAUCGCGGCAGCGUGUUCGCGAAGCGGCUCGAGAAGUCAAUUGCGCAAAGUAUCGCGGCGUCGUUUGCGGUGCUACCGAAAUAGAGCCGUCGUUCGUCGACACCGCCGGAUACGACGAAUAGUUGUAACCCCCGCACAGGCAUCCGGAGUAUCGCGCGUACGUCGUUCGCGCAUGUGGACUCUUUUUUCGCGAAAAUUUUUCUAUAGGGAGAAAUCUUUUUUACGAACUCGCGGCUCGUAUCGCUCGUGGUUCUAUGUUGUUUCGCGCUGCUCUCGCGGCCGGAAAUUCCGAUCGAAUCAUCAAGGUGGGUGUGAGCGAGUAAUAAAGUGAGCCCCGGUGCCGGUCGAGAACGGGGUGAGAGUACUCGUAACGAUGGACGCCACCGCGUGGGGGAGAGCAGGAGGAUUCGGUGUAGCGAGGGCGCGUAGUCGCCACGGACACCUGUAAACGGCACGAGCCCUCGCAGGUUUCCUUCGAGACGAGUUCCUUUUCGUCGUACAGAAUCGGUGAAUCGUACGCACGCCAAAUGCACGCCGAAACGCGAGUCUGUGAUGUACGCGUACGCGUAAUUGACGAACGAUACCGCGUGAAAAAGUACCGGAUAUAGUCAUAGGAUUUCUCGUGAGAAUGCUCGAAACGCUGGGAAGCAUCGUCGCGCGAACGUAGCGCGUUCUCUUUGCGAACGAUAAAACGCCGCCACCUUUCAACGAUCGGGACCUCGCGAAUACGCACGACCGAGAAGCGCGGAAGAACGCUUGGUUAUGACGGCCAAGUCGGGAGGUGCGUUAGCGAGGGCAUCGAGUAUCGAUUAGCGGAUGAUUCGCGCGGAAUUGAACUCGACUCGCGAGAUCUGCACGAUGAUGAUAAUCAGUGACGCAACGGAUGACAAAGCGUUCCCGGGCGAUAUUCGCGGUAGUGACCGCUGCAUGUAGAAGUGAACACGCAAAAUUGUGCAGUGCAUUACGGUCACGACGGGGCACGUCGGGACCGAGUGAAAGAACAUCGGCGAGUCGGUGUCGAGCCUCGACCUGGGCCUGCAAAAUUUAUCUGCCAUGGCGCACCAGACAAGAGAUCUACCGCAGUUGCGAAUAAAGUUUUAUAAUACGGUCGCCGCCGGUCUCCAAAUAGUCCUCUUGCUCACCGUCCUACCUCAAGAGAGCCUUUGCGGGCGCCACGAGAAACGCUUAUUGAAUCACCUGCUGGCAAAUUACAACACCUUGGAGCGACCGGUCGCGAAUGAGAGCGAACCGCUGGAGGUGAAGUUUGGCAUCACUCUGCAGCAAAUCAUCGACGUGGAUGAAAAGAACCAAAUACUUACGACCAACGCGUGGUUGAAAUUGGAGUGGACAGACUACAACCUUCAGUGGAACGAGACUGAGUACGGCGGAGUGAAAGACCUUCGAAUUACGCCGAACAAGCUUUGGAAACCGGAUAUCCUCAUGUACAACAGUGCGGAUGAGGGUUUCGACGGGACGUACCAAACAAACGUGGUGGUCACGCAUAACGGCAGUUGCCUGUACGUCCCUCCGGGCAUCUUCAAGAGCACAUGCAAGAUAGACAUCACUUGGUUCCCCUUUGACGACCAACACUGUGACAUGAAGUUCGGAUCCUGGACCUACGACGGCAACCAGCUCGAUCUGGUACUCAACUCAGAGGAGGGUGGUGACUUAUCCGAUUUCAUCAUGAACGGGGAAUGGUACCUCAUCGGUAUGCCGGGGAAGAAGAACACGAUAAUGUAUCAGUGUUGCCCGGAGCCGUACGUCGACGUCACAUUCACGAUACAGAUACGCAGGAGGACCCUCUACUACUUUUUCAACCUGAUCGUGCCCUGCGUGCUGAUAUCGAGCAUGGCCCUACUGGGCUUCACCCUGCCGCCCGAUUCCGGCGAGAAGCUCACCCUAGGAGUGACCAUUCUGCUGUCGCUGACAGUUUUCCUGAACCUCGUGGCAGAAAGCAUGCCGACGACUUCGGACGCUGUCCCUUUAAUAGGAUCAUACUUCAAUUGCAUCAUGUUCAUGGUGGCGAGCAGCGUCGUGUUGACCGUUCUGGUGCUCAACUAUCAUCACAGAUCGCCCGAUAGAUACGUGAUGCCAAAUUGGGUGAAAAUACUGUUUCUGCAAUGGCUGCCGUGUGUGUUGCGCAUGAGUCGGCCGGGCAAGAAGAUCACGAAGAAGACCAUUCUCAUGAGUAAUCGAAUGAAGGAACUGGAGCUGCAAGAGAGGAGCAGUAAGAGUUUACUGGCGAACGUUUUAGACAUCGACGACGAUUUUCGCCAUGGAAACAGCGCCGCUAAUCCUGCCUCGGGCUAUAUAAGUAGGUCGGCGUACGGUACACCACUGUCGACCAGACCGGCGACAGUCGAGGAGACUUCGGCAUCGUUGCCUCUCAGCGGUAUGCAGAAGGAACUUCACACAAUUCUCAAGGAAUUGCAGUUCAUCACGAGUCGCAUGAAAAAGGCGGACGAGGACGAUGAGGUCAUUAGCGAUUGGAAGUUCGCCGCCAUGGUGGUCGACAGGCUUUGUCUGUUCAUCUUCACGUUAUUCACGGUUUUGGCUACGGUGGUGAUACUGUGUCGUGCGCCACACAUAAUCGUCCAGUAAUAGACUGCCCCGGUCGAACCGAAAAAACAUGCACAAAAAAUGCCAGGGAUAGCGCCUCCUGGAAUUUGGAACGACGUCCGAUUCGAGGAAGCGGCUACGGAGCGCGUGGAAGUGACGAGAAAGCACGGAAAAAGAGAGACGGACUCGUUAGCAUCUUUCGCGCCCUUCUUCGCGACUCACCCCUUUCGGGAACAAGAGAAUGUUCUCUCGUUUUCGGAAUCCUCGACGCUGGAAAACGCCGCCGGGUUGUGCGCCCGGUUUUUUCGCGCGACGUGCUUUCAGUUAGGCGAGUAAGUAGGCAAGCAAGAGUGAGACCACCAACGACGUUCAUGAAAAAAGCCACGGGGAGGAUGGACAUGCGGCAGCGGUGGCGGACGCCUCGUCUCUUUCGAGUGGAGAGAAACAUACCUGGAGGGAAAAGAAAACGUUUCCGGAUUCGAGAAGAGAGAAAAGGAAGGAAGAGAACAAGGAGCCGAUCGCCGAUGUCACGCUUCGUUGCGGCUGCGUUCUUUCGUUUAAGUGACUUAAUUAAUUAGUUCUACAGUGCGAAACUGAUAGAUAAUCGACGCGUGACACGAGCUGGACGAAGAUUUAGAGGCUGCCUCUAGAUCGUAGGAGGAAGGUAGGUGCAGACGAGAGAGAGGACGUGCUGCCGAGUAAGUCUAAAUCGCGUAUCGCGGGCUCUCGUCGAUCGCGACUUCGUUCGACGAUCGCCGAGGCCUUGUUUCGGCGAUCGAGAUCGAUCUCGAGUUCGACGAGCGAUGCGAUUUCGCGGAUAACGCGAUAAGUGGACGCGCGACGAGAAUCGACACGUGGCAUCACGAGAGAAGGAGAUCGCGCAGUCCUCGGAAGAGCGUUGUUGCGGCCUUUCGAUAAUAGUAACAAUAACGAUAUAUAAAAUAUUUCUUAUAAUAAUGAAAAUAAUAAUUAACGAUAUAAUUAAUUGUUAGUCGCUUUGCGCGCUCGCACGCACGCGCGUUACGACUGAGUCGUAAUUAAUUAACGCCGCGAUCUGUUGAGGGUCUCUCGUGGGGAGCCGAGACGGACUUUAAAAUAACUGCCAAAUAUAAAAACUCGAGUCAGGGGUGUUCAACCUUCUCUCAAACGGUGGGAAAGUAAAGUGCGGCCUGGACGAUCGACAGGGUGAACGCGCGCGGCGCCGUGACCAAUGACGAGAGCCGAGACAAGGGUGACCGUGUCGCCGUUUGUUUCGCGUUCGACGAGGAUCCUAUAUUUUCCCUCUGUAUAAACCGCGCGGCUAACGCGGUUCAGCGGUACGUUUCUCCAAAGGUGAGCUCCACAAAAACGCGAAAUCUAAUAAAAACUCGCGCCAUCACCGAUCGCACGAUCGACCCUCUACGCUCGAUAUAUUUUUCCACGUUCUCCCGUUAUAAAGCCCUCCUGUCUCGUAUUCGAAAAGCGUAAGCGAUUCCUCCGCAUUUCCGCAAAACCCGUCGAAUAUUGUCACACCGCGUGUAUUACUACGGUGCGUGCGUGUAUAUAUGUGUGUACGCAUGUGUACGUGUGUGUAUGUGUAAUAUGUGGGGCUUUGUGGAUGUGUGGGUGUGUGUAUUGGAGAGAUACAAGCGCACAAGAGAGCGGUCGACGCGUCGCUUAUUUAGCCGAUCGGCGAAAGAGGAUCGAUCGAUCGAUCGGCCGCUCAUUCGUCCGAGGAUCGUACAAGCCGCAUGAGCCGCGUAAAUACGCAGCGUAACUUACGAACGACCACACGCACGGAGGCGAACGCGUCGAGGGCGAACGAACCGCGCGUAAAAAAACAAGAAAAAGAAAACUGCCAAGUUGGACCACCCCUGCUUUCCGUACAGAGUCACGCGCGUACCCUCGAGUCCUUGGAGACGUCGGUGAAUCCGUCGUGGAUCGUGAUCGAGCGCUGCGAGAGCGAUCGACAUAUUCGCGGUGCUGUGCCUACCGCGACGAUGAUUUAUAUCUCGGUGGAUCGCACAGUUUCUUUACUCGACUUCGCGCUGUCGAAUCCUUCAACGACUGUAAUUUGAAAUCAAGUAUUCUAAAUUGUAUCAUCAUUGUUUUCUUAACAUACCUUCCUCGCGUUAUUUUUCAAAACGAAUCUCGAAUAAUUUGUCGAUAUAAAGGUAUAAAAUCAUACAGAUGAUCAUUCGAUAAAUCAUUCGAUAAAUCAUACAGAUGAUC